AUGGAACUCACCUGGAGAGAAAACUUCGACUCCGUGGAGAUAAGGCUGAAAAAGGAAGCAAGCGGCGAAGGUGACCAGCGGAACCAAAGCGUCUUCUCCGAUGUCAGAUGCAUAGAAGACCUGUGCUUCUACGACGAACACGUAGUAGAAGUAGAAAAGGCAAAAGACCUCCUAAUAUCAGACACGUACAUCAAAAUAAAUCACAAAAAUAGGAUCGUCAACAUCGAUUUGUAUGACAAAAUAAGCAUGGAGAAGGAGCACGUCCAUGUUAGAGAAAACACCCAAUUUAUUAUCUUAAAUUUGAAGAAAAAAGAAAACAAAUUAUGGGGAUAUUUAAAUUACUUCAAUAUUUUCCUCAUAUACAAAAAUGCCACAUAUCCAAAUUUGAUAAAGUGCACAAAGGAAGAAAAGAACAAAUUAAUUGCACAGGAGCAGAAAUUCAAAUCGAUAAUUAAUGAUAGGAGAAUCAACAGUUUAGAUGAUCUAAAGAAAAGGCUCAAGAGAAAUAAAAACUCGCGAGACGAUUUUAUCAAGAAGCUACAGGAUGAUGCGCAAAGGAUACAGUCCCAGCUGGAUGAACAAAAAAAUGAACUGCUGCGAAACCAGAAGGAUGAAAUCCGCAAAAGAGCGAUUGAUUCAAUAUAUCAAGAUUGUGACGAAGACGAAAUGGAUAAAGUGGAUCAGCACAAUGAUGUAGACAGGGUAAAUCUCUCACAUCGAAAUGUGGACAACCCUAACGAGUUGCGCAUCUCUGAAGAAAAGAAAUCAAAUGAUAUAAAUAGCGAAGUGGAAGAACUCGUCCGAGAUAACACAGGAAGUAACCAUCAAAUUGUACGACCCUGCUCCGACAUAGUUAAGAAAAACGAGCCUAAACUACUACUACUCCAAGAUCGAGCAACACAAAAUAAGGUCAUCGAAUUGAAGUUUACUCAAAUGAAGAGGAACGAACUGCCUGCAAGAGAAUCCAGAAUGCUGAAGCAGAAGCUACCCAGCUGCACGUCCACCAAAAAUUUCUUCCUCAUCGUUUUGAUAGAAAAGGCAAAGAACCUCUACUUCAAGAAUUCCGAUUUUGCCAGUUGCUUGGAGACGCUCAAAUCGGUGUCCUCCUACCUGCUCACGGGGCACGAACUAAUUAAGGAAGAACACAUAAAGGUGCUGAACAAUUGUUCCCUCCUCCACUUCCUGACGAACAACUUGGAAGAAUGCAUCCGCGCAUGUGACAGCUGUUUGCUCAUAAUAAAUGAAGAAAUAAAAUGUUACAAUGUGGAGGAUGCCAUUUUUGAGGAAAAGACGCCAAGGGAUGGAAGCACCAGUGAUAUGAAGACAUGGAGCACGUUAGAAAAAAUAAAAUCACAAAACUAUGUUCAGUAUAUGUACAGCAUCUACACAAUUGUCAGUGCAAGAAAAAUACUUGCGUUGAUUAAACAAGGGCAAGAGAACCAAUUAGAAAAUGUAGAAAAAAUUUACCUAUCAAUUGAAGACAUAAAAAAAUAUUUACCAUGCCACAUUUUUGAGGAUUUCCAAAAGGGAAUUGCAAACUUGCGAGUUUUCAUCACCUUGCUGAGCCAAGUACGCACCCUCAAUUUUGAAAACAUUUCACACAAGGACCAACUAAAGCAUAGACUAGAAGUAAUCAACAAACAUAUGGUAGGGAAAUCUCUGCGACGUGACAUUUCUUUCUGUUUCUGCUUCACCAUGAUCAGAUCGUUUAGUUUAAAGAACCUAAACAGAUAUUACGAAAACGUUGUGAACAUUAUGCUGUGCAUUUUUGUCCUCAUAGAAAGACAACAAGAAAUUUAUUUGCAUCUCAAUAAUGUAGAACAUUGUGCAGCUUCCAGUUUUACACUUCUUCACCUAUACGAGUUUGUUCUUCUCAUUAAAAAUGAAAGCAGCUUUUAUGAUAAAAUGGGCCAAAUGGAGACCCUGGAUGCAGACUCAUUUGAAUGCCCUCAAAUGAAAGACGAAAUUAUGCACAUUUUGACGAACUUCUUGCUGGGAGGAUACACCGACUUGGAUUUUAUUCUUCAAAAUAAUCUGUGCUUGCAGGGGAUCCUAUGCGCCAUUUCCCGCAAUCGCGGUGAUACACUCCAAGGAGAAGCGAUGCAGAAACGCUUCGAAAAUAUUCAGAAGAAAGACGAGCACCCAAUUGAACAGCACACAACGAAUGCGUGCAAAGAAAACGUGCAACUCUUCCCCCUUAGGGACAUCCUCUUACAGAAAAUCCCGUACAAAAUGAAGAAGGGCGAAAAAAUCGUCAAACAUUACUGUAGAGCAAAUACACACAACACAUACCAAGUGAAGGUCCAACUCUUUGGAAGUGUGACAGAGUACCUCAACGUGAAGCAAAAAUGUGAGUUGCUCAAAAUAGAGAUUGUCACAAAAAUGAUAAAGUCCAUGUGCUAUACGCUAAAUAUAGUACAGAAAGUGCACAAGGAAAAUGAACAAAAAAAGAGGCAGCUAAAGAGAGUUAUCUACAACUUACUAGCUGAUUUAUCAUGGAGCAUCCAGAAUAUGAACCCCUCGUGUGGAGAAACGGAAAAUGUUGUUAGUCUCCUGCUUCUCUACUUUUGCUUUUCCUUUAUUUAUAACUAUCCCAAGAAUGAAUUCAUCAUCGAUACGCAUUACAAAAGAGUCAACGAGGAGACUCAUUCGAACUACCUCUCCCUCAAUGAUGCCGCAGAAGAGGGAAAAACGUUUUCCAAAGACAAGUUAAAAAGCAUACUCGAGAAAACCUUCCUAUAUAAAUUUUUCUUAGACUACAAAAAAUACAUAGAUUUGGAGAGAAAAAAAACAAAAGGGCUACUUCCUGUAGAAUUAACGUCACAACAUGAUCCUGAGCAUAACAACAUGCUGAAAAGAAUUGCCUUUUUGAUCAAAAAAAUUAAAAAAGAAUCAAAAGGGAAAGCAAAAAUGAAUACUCACUACCCAAUAAUAACAUUAAUCAACAACAAACACAUGGAGGAGUUACACCAGUUUGCUUCAUUGUUAGAGAAAAAGUAUUUCCAUGUGGAGUCCAUCAGGUGCAACAUUUUGGUCCUAAGUUCUCAUUACUAUUCUUCGUCUCUGUUGAAUUUUAGCCUUGCCUACAUAUGCGCACUGCGAACUAUUUUUGCCUCAUCCCUUUUCGAAGCAAAUGAGCAAAGAAAAGUUACACCAAAUAACAACCUCACGAUCGCCUCAAGGAAAAAUUUGCAGAAAAGUCUAUCCCAUUUUACCGAUGUAGCCUCGCUCACAUUUAAGAAUGCAAGACGAGCUCACUUUUUACAGUCGCUUCAAGAUGGUGACGUGCCAAAAGCGUUAGUGCCUUACAUUCGAACUGUCCUAUGUAGACUUAAAAAGGUUGAAAUACUCCGAACCAUUUCUACCUCUCUACAUCGCAUGCACGCGGAUGGGAACAUUCGAGCAAACAUUCGGGACGUCAUUCUAAUCUAUUUGGACAACCUCUCCGUUGACUUCCACAUUUUGAACCGCGUCCUCCAGUUCUGCCACCAAGAGGACCUAUCUCCCCCCUUGCUCCUUAACGAGAAAGCGACAAAAAACCUUAGCAAUUUUAGGGAAAUUUCCUGUGGCACCAAAUUGAGAGAACCACUUCCAAAUAGGGAGGAAUAUAAGCAUGUGCUUAAUCACUAUUACAAGAAAUUUUUAAGAACAAAAAUUUUCCUUUUAAGUGGUGAAUGCACUCUCUGUCUGUGA